GGUACCACGUGACGCGCCGUGUUAUAUAAACCGGAGCGAGCCGGGUUGGACACACACUUACCUCAACACCUGGCUUAUCCUCGAUACACUUGGAAAACUUACAGUUUCACUACAAAUUGGACAAACAUGCGGAGACUAUUAGGCAGUGUGAUUCUAACACUGCUCGUUGGCUUGUCCGCGGCCCAGAACGAGAGCAAUCCAAAUGGACCAGACACGAGACUGGCCCUAGCGGCCCUCAUCAUUGGAAUCAUUGCAUGUGUGGGGAUACUCUUCCUGGGAUCGGCUCUAGCAUGCUACAUGAGGAGAAUACAGCAUGACGGAUAUGGACAACACAGCAACUUCGGAAACUCCGUGUCCGAUCGAAUUGAUUUGAUGGAGAAAAAUCCCCUGCCUGCAGCUGAAGUUAACGAUGAUGCACGUGGACAGUCAACAAUCCCGUGUGAGGAAGCCAACAUGUGUCUUGGUGUGGGAACCCUACGCCAGAUAUCGCUGUCUCUCCUUCACGACAUGCUGCUCAACCUGUACAACAUCCACAUCAAACUCGAGUGCCGGACGACACAGAAGUUCCAGUCUGACCGAGAACUGGCCAUGACCACCGCUGCCGACAACGAGACCGUCACCAAACAACUCGGACAGACGCUUCAACUCAUCUUUCCCGAUGACUCUUCUAAGGCUGAAACCUUCAUGGCUAUUGGCGAGAAGAUCCUGAAGGACAACACCGUGAGGCAACUUCUGGACUCGACCUUCCGAAUCUGCCGCGUCUGUUUGGGCAUCGUCCGAGAAUGGGAGGCUGAGAGGGAGCUGUUUGUGGGCGUAGUCCCGACUGAAGGACCCGGCUACAUCAACUUCAGCGUCGUCGAUGACGUCAACAAGGUCAAGCUGACAUGGGACGAGAACAAGUUCGAGAAAGACUUCAUGAAUACAACAUGCAAGCUGGCUCAGGCGUUGAGAGAUGAACGUCGUCAGCCCAACCCGGUGGAGUACCUUGCCUUCCAGUUGGCGUACCAUUGUCUGGCUAAAGGGAAACAGGUCACCCUGAAGCCUCACAGGUCACUUGGCUCUCCAGGCUUCCGUCCUCACACUCAGACAUACAUGUCACUCACAGACCCCGGUGAGGGUCAUGUGUUGGGCACCACCCGCUUCAACGAGUGGAUGCAGGGCGCAAUCAUCCACGUGGAACAUCUCGAGAGACCGAAGCAUCUCCCAAGGAAGAAUAUCGAGUCGUACAGAAUAUCUUCUCUCUUCAACUUCUCCAAAGUCCGUCUUCACGUUGGCCAGGCAGCCCCCACCACCUACUUUGUCGGCAGAGCCAUGAAAGACUCAUCGUCUGGCAAAUUUGAAGAGGAUUUCCUUAAAGUUGUUCACAUGACGUCUGCUACCAUCUCUGCAGCUUUCUACCAGGGUGGAGCCGAGUGCAAGGUAGCCAUGGAGGGACUGACAACAAGCCAAGCCCUGCGAUACAUGAGAGCUCUGAAGGCCCAGGUCAACCGCGAUCGCUUCAACCAAUACUUGUCCGCAGCAUGGAAUCUCAACCAGGUCAUCGUCGACGACUUUGAACGGGAACAAGCAAUUGAACUGAAGACCAGGAAAGAGAUUGCCCUAAGAGCUAUUGAGAUCACUUCACUUGGAGGCUUUGAUAAGGUGACACUGGACGGGGCAAGUGACACCUACCCAUCCAAAUGUAUCAUGUACCAGAUGGGAUUUGAAGAAGCUCUCGCCUUCAACCAUGAGGCCCAUAUGCGCGGCCUGGUCACAUACUUCUCUGCUGGCUUUAAGUUCGACGAAAUCAAACACGCCGUGUAUGCCGGAGUGGACGGUAUCGGUAUAGGGGGAGCUCAGGUGUUGAGGUACAUGGACAGUGACAGUGGCAUGCACGGACCUUACACGGAGGAGAACAUCCCGCGGAUCCUGCAGAGCAGAGACACUGCUGCAAAGUCUGUCCGUGGAAGAGGCGUGCACCUCCUAGUCAGACUGGACACCAUGUUCUUUGAGGGAACCAUAUCUAGUGUGGAGAACGGCAUGAGGGAGCAGCUAUUCAACGCUCUGCUCCAACAGAAUGAGGAGGAAGUCAGAUCUAUUGUGACAAAGCUGGACUAUAUCAUGAACAUCCCAUGCGAAUUUGGUCUCCCACUUGCUGGUCAAGCCAAACGGCUGACUGUGGCAGAGACGCCUCUCCUCAAAGAAUGCGCAGAGUCAACAUACGAGUGGGCCUUAUUCAUCUCCAGACUGCGGACGCAGGUCAGCAAGAUGGAUGAGGCUACCCUGGUGGAGGAGUAUGACGGGGAGCCGUGGCACACAUACAGAAAGAAGUACAGGGACAAUCUUCAGAGGGAGCUUCUGAAGGGUUAUACCAGACAGGUGUCGUUCCAAGUGCAAUACAAGACAACAAUGUGAAAUACUCCUGGUUCAAAGCAUCGUCUGUGAUCUUUAAUGUUCUUGUCUAGAGACAAGACAGCACCGAAGCAGUGAUGAGUCAUGUGGCUUCUUACAACUUGAUGGCUCAAAGCCAUAUUCUUCCACUGUCAUCUAUCACAAACUUUCAUUGCAUAUCUCAAAUAUUUCUCUCAGGUAAACAUAAAAUGUUUGACUUAAUCAUGUCACACUUCUCAGUAUAGGCAGACCUAGAUCUUGUUCUACAACUGGACCGCCCCACAAAACAUCCUUGGGGAUGUUUCUUUUCGAGCAUGAUAGCUUUGUCACUAAGGACAAGAACACUUAUUCUGGAUAGUGACAUAAUACUUCCGAUAUUAAUCCUUAGUUUGCGCAAAAGGGAUUUGCUAAGAGAAUAAUGCAUCACACUUCAAAUUACGUAAAUGUAUACGUAAUCACUAACGUCACGCACAAAACAGCUGAAAACAAUGUUUGCACUGGGUACUGUACAUAUUGCCCAAUAGCCAAAGUUGACCCCUGGUGCCAAGGAACCACCACCUUGAAGAGUUUUAUCCCUUAAUAUACCAGGAUCUGCUUAACAUGUUUCGAAUCCCAUAUUAAACCAGUUCAAGAUCCUAGAUUUGUAUCAGGCUUGAUUCCAUAUACAAUUUGAUUGGUGCUAUUAAACAGCUUCUGCGACACAUACACAAUGAAGUGGUGUUACAUACCAUUUUAUCAAAUACCUAGAAAUGAUAUAAGGCAUUUUGAAUGUUCCAUAGGGUCAGCAUAGGGUGUAUAACCACACCUGUAUUACACCCAUUGACAUUCCCGGGUUGAUAUGGCAUGUCAGUGUAUUUUGAAUUUGUUAUCAAUAUCUGCUCCAAUGGUAAGAAAUUGGAGUUAUGUCCCUUGGUGUGUCGUCUGUUGGACUAGCUUUCCCUUGACGUUUUCUAAUAAGGGGCAAUUGUAUUCAUUUUGUACAUACAGAAAACUUUUCUCAAUUUGAUAUUAUGAUAUAUGAUAUAAAGUUGUUUUUAUAUGUGCCAGUUUUUAUAUUUCACAUUGUUUCAGCCCCAUGGCCCUUGGUUCAUCGGGGGUAUGAUGCCAAACUACCAUUGAAUUGUAUUUAUAAAAUGACUGUGGAUCAAAUGUUCAAAUGUGACCAUUUAAGCAUUAACUGGUGUGCAGUUCAAUGGCUGGUAUACGCAAUAUUAUCAACUGAAUUUUUCUAUUAUUUGUUGACUGUAGACAGACUAUAUCACUGGAUGAUGAUGAUGAUGAUGAUGGCAAGUUUUGGUAUGAAUGUUUGUUUUGUUUUGUUUAAUUGUAUCACUUUUAUCCCCUGAGUCUGUACAUAUCAACAACUGAACAAAAUAAAAAGUUAUAAAAGAUCAAAA